UGCUAAUCGUGGCCCGUCAGAUUUGCCCAUCUCAUCCCAUCAUGUCUCAUUUUGCAGCUGGACUCAUUUUUAAGAAAUCACAGACUAGCUUUGUAAUUGAUAUCCUUUUGGUCAAUGUGCCAGCUGAGGCCCUGCACCAAUGUGACGGUCAAGGGAGAGACCAUGCGACCAUCUAGCCGGGUGCCCCUUAUGGUGCUUUGUGAGACCCAUCGCUCUCACAUGGUGAAACACCACUGCUGUCCCGGUUGUGGAUUCUUUUGUGUAGCAGGAACAUUCCUUGAGUGUUGCCCGGAUCAGCGCAUCGCCCACCGUUUCCACCGUGGGUGUGUCACGGUACUCGGGGGUGGGCGGAGCAGAACAAAUGGCGGAAUGCUUUUCUGUCCCCACUGUGGUGAGGAUGCCACUGAGGCUCAAGAGGUCACCAUGCCUUCCUUGAGCGCAGCGACAGCUUCCUCCACCAUGGUGGUCACCAUGUCGGCGUCCUCCACCACCACGCCGUCUUUGCCCCCAUCUGUCCCUUCGGCGCCCUCUCUCACAGCCUCCACAGGAGGGAUGAAAGAUGGGAAGAUGCCUGAAAGGCCUGUCAG